AUGCCUUCCAAAGAACUCCGCUUCGCCCUCUGCACCUGCGGCAAACCGGUCUACGAAAACUGCGUCUCCUGUCUGCCCUGCCUUCAAGCACAGCAGAAGCUCUACCACCGCUACUCGCUCUCCCCGCGGCCGUCAAAAGACUGCGCUCCGCCACCACCCACGCAAGGAGGGAAUCUGCAAGCACCCACCAUGACCCUCCCAAUCCGCACAGGUCGCCCCUCAGACGCCAGCGAAGCCAUCACGCGCGCCUUCUCCUCCGACUCCGACGGCGGGCACCUCUUCCCCUCCGCCCUCUACCGGCACCCCAUCCGCUCCAGCUCGCGCACCAGCUCCACAACCUCCUCGCGGCGGCCUUCCGACUCCCCCUCAAGCCCCUUAUCAAGGCCCCUCGUCCCCUCCACCGACUCCACAGGCCCACGAACCCCCCGCUCCUCAACCCCCGAGAUCCGCCUCGUGGAUUCCUCGUACGCGCCCAUGGCGGCGGGGUUCGCGCGGCUGAGCAUGAAGGACGCCGCGGCGUCGACCGAGCCCGUGAGGAGGCCGGCGAGCGCGCGGCCGAGCAUGGAGUUGGACGCGAGGAUGUUUCAGGGGCCGGCGUAA